GGCCGUUUCAAUAGUCUCUUGGAUAAGAUACGUGUGCUUUGGCUUUGAGAAUUAUUUUAGCGCUCGAAAUAAUUUUUGUGUUUCAUUUAGUGAAGUGACAACAACUGACACAUUGAUUACAUUAAAAUUUGCAUGUGCUGUGCUUUCUUGUGAUUACCAUCACUGUGUACCGGCAACAAAAUUUUGUUUGUUGUUCUUAUUAAUUAAAGUGAACUUGAGUGAGUGUUCUGACGAUUGUCUAUGGCGUGGUGUUGCAGAUCACCUUUGAGGUAACAGCACUUGGAAGCUGCUGAAGUCCAACAAAAUUUCAUCCACCAACAUGUCUUGGAUACUAUUUACUCUAGUCUGGCUGCUCUUUGCCAUUCACGAGGCCGAAAGUUCCGGAGUCUUUGAAUUACGACUGAAAUCAUUUUACAACGAGGUCGGCAAAGACGAUUCGGGAAAAUGCUGCACCGGCACAACAAUUGGGAACGAAUGCGAUGGCCUUUGUCGUCCACGAUUUCGUAUAUGCCUGAAGGAAUACCAAGCCAAGAUUGACACCAACUCGCCUUGCACCUUUGGAGACGUUAUCACCGCCGAAUUGGGACCGAAUCCAGCGACUGAUACCCCGAAAAACGGAUUCCAAAACGCUAUCGCAUUUAAAUUUCCAUUCACCUGGACGGGCACCUUCUCGCUUAUAAUCGAAGCCUGGCAUGGAAACACAUCAGUAUUGGUGAGUCGGCUGGCAAAACAAACGUGUUUGGAUGUGAGCGACGAAUGGACGAAGGACAAUUUAAAAUCCAAAUAUUCCACGUUGAAAUUCGAAUACCGCGUCACUUGCGACCUAAACUACUACGGCAAGGGGUGCGAAAAUUUGUGCCGGCCUAGAGACGACAAUUUCGGCCAUUACAGCUGUUCGCCGACCGGAGAAAGAGUCUGCCUGGCCGGAUGGACAGGAGAAUAUUGCACGAAACCCCAGUGUCUGCCCGGUUGUGAUGAGGUGCACGGUCAUUGUGGGAAGCCGAACGAGUGCAAAUGUCAGCCCGGAUGGGAAGGUCCUCUAUGUAAUCAAUGCCAGCGUUAUCCAGGAUGUAUGCAUGGUAGUUGCGUAAAGCCAUGGGACUGCCUGUGCGACGAAGGAUGGGGUGGCUUGUUCUGCAACCAAGAUCUGAACUACUGCACGAACCACAAGCCUUGCCGUAACGGCGGUACUUGUUUCAACACAGGCCCUGGCAGCUACACUUGCGAGUGCCCUGCAGGUUUUAACGGCACGAAUUGCCAAUUUCCCGUCGACGAUUGUUCCGAAUCAUCUUGCUUCAACGGAGGUAGCUGUAUGCAAGACGGAACUUGCCAAUGCCCGCCUGGAUUUAGCGGUCCGAAAUGCGAAACAUCGGCCGAUACUUGCAACGAUAAGCCUUGCCUAAACGGAGGUUCCUGCACCAAAACCGAAUCUGGAUACAAGUGCGUGUGCGCCGCUGGAUAUAGCGGUCACGAUUGCGAACACAAAUGGAACACUUGCAAUCCGAAUCCAUGCAUGAACGAUGGCAGUUGCACAGAGGGCAAAGAAGGAUUCCAUUGCAUAUGCCCUUCGGGAUUCAGCGGGCCAAAGUGCGAAAUAAAUAUCGACGACUGUACCGACAAUCCCUGCGAGAACGGAGGAACCUGCAUUGACAAGAUCAACGAGUUCCGGUGCCAAUGCGUGCCCGGCUUCGUUGGACGGCUGUGCCAAGACCGCGUCGACUAUUGCAAGACGAUACCGUGUGCCAACGGUGGCACGUGCUUCAAACUGAUUAACGACUAUAAGUGCAAGUGCGCGCCCGGUUUUUCCGGAAAAGACUGCAGCGAAGAGGUCGACGAAUGCCGGAAUCAGCCUUGCCAACACGGCGGUACCUGCGUAACCGGGGGCGGCACCAGCAACGGCUUCGAAUGCAUCUGCCCGCCCGGCUUCAUAGGUCGCGAAUGCGAGCAAAUCAUCAAGCCCAGCGCAAGAGUAUCGCCCGAAUCGAACCUUACCACUGAACAUGUUGUUGUGAUAGCUACUAUUUCCACCUUCGUACCAUUGGUGGUCUUGGUCGCAGUAGGUGUGAUAAUAUGUCUUAAGCAACGUAGAAAGCGCGAAAAAGCCCGCGCGGACGAAGAGGCGAGACUGCAAAACGAGCAGAACACUGCAAACAGCAGUUUUGCCAAACGCGGCGCCGCGAUGUCCGCCGACGCCCACAUGAUUAAAAAUUCCUGGGGCAAAUGUACCAAUAAUGUGAUCAGCUCGAAUCUAUCAUCUCCCGACGAGUGUAGUGUGUCGAACAUUAGCGUAAACGACUGUGAUGGAUAUCCAAAACCUUUGCACCAACACCAGCACCAGGUCAUCGACGGACGGCCUGUGUACACGCUGCAAAGGACCCGCUCUCAGAAGCAGCUCAACACCGAUCCCGGUGCUCGUGCCUCGGCCCUGCUGGCCUCCAAACUGCACGAGCCCGACUACGAACACAUCAAACGUUUGUCUGUGAUGUCAAACGCGUCGGCUGUGUGUGGCUCGAGUGAUCCUUCCUUGCUGAAAAGGCCGAUGGAGAAGGAGCCCAACGGCGUUUAUGUGAUAGAUGAACACUUCCACGUUCCGGACGCGAUCUCGUCUGGACUAUUCGCCACGGAGGUGUAGUUACUUAAUAGUAGAAAUGUAGAAAGAAAAGUGAGUAUGCAUGAUGAGUUGAAUGAUUGAGGUGUUGAGUGAAUGUUGACGUCAUACGGCUGGUUGACCCGGUCCGCUGUACAGUUAUUUAUUAUUCUCCGGGUUGACGAGUCUAACGACGUAGGUAAAACGUAAUUUAUAUUAAAAUUUGGGGUUAGUACCCUAUGUCCAAGAAGCCCUCGCCUUUUUUGCGACGCCGCUCCUCAUUACGCAAACACUAAUAAACCAGUUCAUUUCUUCAAUGUUGUUCUCUUUUUGUUUAUAUUGUAUAUAUUUAGAGUUACAUUUCUGUAUACCCCCUUAUUUCUUGUAUUUAUAGUAUGUUGACAUUGGCGAUUGAACAUGGUUUGUAAACCAAAGAUUUUCACGUAUUGACGAGCCUGCUUUUCAAAAAAGGCGCGGCACUAUCUCAAGUAGUAUGUAACUAACAUAACAUAAAUUGUUAUUGUAUUUUGUGAUCUAUCUAAAAUGAACUAAGUCAGCACAGUGUACUUACAUCGACU